AAGACAGACGCAUUUCUUCAAAUGGAGGCCUCAAAGAAGAAUAUGUCAGACCUGGAGAGUGGCAUGAUCACUAUAAUCAACGUUUUCCACAAAUACUCCAGUCACAAGUGCUAUCUGAAGAAAGUAGAUCUUAAAGAGCUUAUCAACAAUGAGAUGAAUAAUUUCAUCCUGAAAAUCCAUGAUAAUGACACUCUUGACGAGCUCUUUGCGGACCUCGAUCAGAACGGAGACCUGGAGAUCGACUUCAAAGAGUUCAUCAACCUCGUCGCCAUGGUUACCUCAGCAUGCCAAGAGCUUUUCCUCCAAAAACAACCGUAGUAACUGAUUUGCAUGCCUACUCAUUAAACA